UCAAAUUAUCAAAGUCUUCUUCAAAUUCACCAUGCUAUCGUCUUUGUACUCAAUUUCAACUAUCGAGCAUCAUCGCAUUUGCAAGCCAGAAUGCUCUUAGUAAUAAUAGCCUAAUCUCAGACAGACUGUCCUUGAGAUCCGAUUUCAGUCGCUCAAUUCAUCAGAGGAACACAGAGGAGACGAAACGAAACAUUUAAGAUUCAUUUAGCUCGGUUUCCGGACAAAAUGAACAUUGCGAAUCUUUGCUCAGGAUGCUCAAAACUAAACAUCACCCCGUCCUCUUUCACAUCAGAUCCCCAUCGAGAAGCUUAUCAAUUAGGAUCUUACAAUGAUCUUUUGAAUCGAGACACCUGUCCAUUAUGUCUGUUACUGGUUGAAACUAGCAAGAACGGUCCGUAUUCUAUUAUAUCACCAAAUCUUGGGCCACUGCAUUUCACAGCAUUUUGGCACAACGCGUCUCCGGAAGAUGUAGAUGACGCCCCAAAUGGUAAUUUCGCUGUGUUAUUAGUAUAUAUACAAAGUAUAAAUCAAGCGGGUGGUCUGCCAAUCACCUUACGACCAAUAAAUAGUCUGGGGUCGGAGUGCCUCCAUUAUGCAAAGGAUGAAGAUUCUUCCUUUAUUGACUUUGAUUUGGUGAGAGGUUGGAUGGAAGGGUGCGAGAAAAACCACAAGUGUGGGGAGAGUUUUACUUCCCUGACUGGAACUUAUCGGACACCCGCUGAGUUUAAAUGUAUUGACGUGGAACAAAUGUGUAUUGUUGAGCCUCCUGAAAAGUGCCGAUAUAUAAGCUUAAGUUAUGUUUGGGGAACUGGUAAGAAAUUCGUCUCGCUGAAGGAAAAUUAUAAGCAUCUAUCAACUCCCGGUGGACUCGCCGAUUAUCUCGGCCAGCUCAGUCGAACAAUACAAGAUGCGAUAGAUGUCACAAAACGACUACGAGAACGCUAUCUCUGGAUUGAUAGUUUGUGUAUAAUACAAGAUGGACUCGAGGAAAAACAAAAAGCAUUGGAAGAUAUGGGCUUGGUUUAUAGUCAAGCUCUGCUCAUGAUAUGUGCCGCUGAUGAUCGAUGUCCUGAGGAUGGUCUACGUGGUCUCAAUGUCCCACGAAAAAUAUCGCAAUACAAACGAGAAAUCAUGCCAGGUCUCACACUUGCUGCACAAUACGCUUUUGAACCAUAUGUUGAUGCCUCGAUCUACAAUAGCCGAGGAUGGACGUAUGCAUCCUCGUUUUUAUGACUAAAAACUGAUGAGCUGACAAGAUAUUAGAUAUCAGGAAGAGCAGUUCUCAUCGAGAAUGGUCGUCUUCAUUAAUGAUCAGAUAUACUAUCGCUGCACAAAUGCGGUCUGCUCUGAAGUUGUUGUCUCCGAUACAAGCAAAAACCACGAUCAGGAGCUGAAGCAGUCAGACACUAAGCGGCGGUUAAUUGGUCGAAAAAACACAUCUCUCUCCAUGCUAUACUUUCGUGCCGUGGAAACAUACACGGCUCGCAAUCUAACCUAUCCUUCUGACAUCAUCAAUGCGCUUGCAGGUGUUUUAAAUACUCAAGGUAAUGCCAUGAAUUGUGAUAUAUUUUAUGGUUUACCAUCUGCGAUAUUUGACAUGGCUCUACUCUGGCAACCAUGCGGGAAAGUCAUUAGACGGGAAGGAUUUCCUUCUUGGUCUUGGGCUGGAUGGCAAGGUCAAGUGCGUUGGUAUGGUGACACUAUGGAAAUGGCUUCUUCUGGAUUAUAUGGGUCUACGGAAGAUUUAGAACACAAGAAGAUAACAACAUGGCUGCUCAAUCAAACCUGGAUUGAUUGGUAUCAAUGUAUAGAUGGAAAGGUACUUACAGUUUGGUCUCCGAAAGGUCAUAGUACAGAACUGUUGCAACGCGAGAGCCAAUCUAUUGGACCAACAGAACAAGCCGUCGGAUACUCUGCGUCUACUUCAUCACCAACAAAUUUAUAUGGGCGGACGAAAGAUAACAAGGUUUUACUCGCUCCAGAUCUUCCAAUUUUUCCACUACAAUCAAUACUUCCAACACCGUCAGAUCCCCAAUACUUAUACUUUUCUACAAUCUCUGUUCAAUACCGCAUUCGUCCCACACCAUCCUAUCUGCGCUAUGGUUCUAUCGAUCCUCCAGUAAGUUCCGGCUCAACUUCUAACAUUCCAUUCAUUUUUCCACAUGUCUCAAUCCCAAAACCUCCGCUAUCCCUACUCUAAUCCCAAUUAACACUCCAAACCCUGAUAGUGGGACCCCACCCAUCGUACAAUCUACCACCUCCUCAACAACACCUCCCAAGUAUGCGGAUACAUCCUCCUCCCCUCCACAUUUCAAGCCCUCUACCCCAACCAAUUCCAACAACCACCAACCAUCUACGACGCAGACUGGACCAAAGGAGGUACAGGCAGCGAACCCAUAUUUGAAUUCCUCCUAUUAAGUAAAGCGAAUUAUUACUGUGAUUGGGGCCGACCACAUGAAGCACAUCCGUAUCGAAAAGGUUAGUUCCCUCCCUUCCUCUCAUUUUCAAACCCUUCUUCCUCAUUCCUCAUUGCCCUUAUAUAUGAAUAUAAAUAUAAAUAUACAAUACUAUUGCUCCAAUUCCUAGAGUCCCAUAACUAAUAUAUAUAUGUACCAAAUGAGAUAGGCUGGGAAAUGGAAGAUUAUAUAGAAAUACAUAUCAUGAUGAUUAAAACGAGAGAUGAUGGCGUGAUGGAAAGAAUAGGUAUUGGGAGAUUACAUGAAGAUGCUAUUAAGGAUGCUUGUGGAGAGGGAGCGAAGUGGAAAGAUAUUGUUUUGGGUUGAGGUGAGGAUUGUUUGGUUGGAAGAUUAAAUUAGGUGGUGGUUUUUGUGGUGGAAUCUUAGGAGGGAGUGAUUUAAGAGUUAGAAGUUAAGAUUCUGUGAUGAGUAUAGCUGGGAAGAUUCAUUUAGAUGGAUACUCUAUGACGGGCGGGCGCUGUUGAAACGGUAUCUGGUUGUGUGUUAGGCGUAGAAUAUAAAUCGAU